ACUCCUUUCUCCCCGCCCGCCGUCCCGCCUCUUUCCCGUCCGCUGGUUCUCGCCCAGCCCAGCUGCCUGCGCGAAUCGCAACUUUUUUACCCGACGCGGCGCUGGAUCCGGGCGCUCCCGUCGGACUUUUCCUUGUCUGCUUCUCCUCCGACCACCCGCAGCCCCCGUCACUGCUCCCUCCGUUAACCCCCCCUUUCCUCCCCUCCCCUCCUCUCUCUUUGAUCUUCGGGGAGGGUCCGCUCUUGCUCUCGGCGGCUCCUCUCGCCUUGGCAACAUCUUCGCUCCUCGCCGCCACCCCCCCUCGCCGCCUCCCUCCCCCCCCCACUUUUAGUCGGGGGUGGCCCCACUUUGCCGGGAUUCCCCCUCCCACACGCACCUUUGUUCCCUGCCGCCUCCUAGCCCAGACCUUCCCCAGGCGCCCCCCAAAUCUGUGACCCAAGACACCCCCGAAUUUACUCCGCCUCCCCCCAGACCCUUUUCUCCCUUUGUUAAACCCUCGCCCCUACCCCUCCCUCUGUGGGCUCCCUCCACCCCGCUGCUGUUGGGCAAUUCGUCCAUUCUCGCCCCGGCCACUCCUCGGAUUUGCCUCCCCCCCCCCUGUCCUUUCCAGCGCUUUUUUUUUCCCGGCAGCGCAACUGGUCCCUUCCCUCCUCCCGGACCGAUGAAGCCCGGCGGAGGGUCCGAGGGGGCAGACGCCGAGGGGGCAGAAGGAGAGCGGGAGCCGCUGAACCCCGAAUCCUCGGAGACUCUGGGCGCCUCGGCCACCUACCGGGAGUUUGUCCGGCGGAGUUACCUGGAGCUGAUGAGCGCCAACCAGCAUUCCCUGCACGCCCUCAACUGGCGGCGGCUCUACCUCAGCCGGGCCAAGCUCAAAGCCUCCAGCCGGACCUCGGCCCUGCUCUCGGGGUUCGCCAUGGUAGCCAUGGUAGAGGUGCAGCUGGAGGAUUAUGACUACCCCCGGGAGCUGCUGGUAGCCUUCAGUGCCUGUACCACAGUGCUGGUGGCGGUCCACCUCUUUGCCCUCAUGGUGAGCACCUGCAUCCUGCCCAACAUCGAAGCCGUCAGCAACAUUCACAACCUCAACUCGGUCAACGAGUCUCCCCACGAACGCAUGCACCGCUAUAUUGAGCUGGCGUGGGGCUUCUCCACUGCCUUAGGAAUCUUCCUCUUCCUCACCGAGGUGGUGUUGAUCUGUUGGGUCAAAUUUAUGCCCGUUGGCAGCGUCUCCUCCGCCACAAAGUGCUGCCCGCCUGUGCCGGCCCUUGCUGGUAACACCACUGUGGCCCCUCCAGAUAACUCCGGCUGGAACGCUGCCAUGGCCUCCACCGUCAUCAUGGUCCCAGUUGGCGUCAUCUUCAUUAUCUUUGCCCUGCACUUCUACCGCUCCCUAGUGGGACACAAGACUGACCGGCACCAGCAAGAGCUGGAGGAACUCAGCCAGAUCAAAUAUCAGUUGGAUGGAGAAGCCACGGCAUUGCAGGUGGUGUGAAGUUUGGUGGCCUAGGGGCAAGGCCUUUGACGCAGUGAUUAUUCCGAGAAGAGGCUGCCUGGUUGAUGCCUGGAUUCCUUGCUGAGUGGGGCAGCUGUGAAGUGACUGGCACAGUUGGAACUAACCAAAAAGCUACUGUGACCUCUUUUUCUCUCCCUUCUCUAUCUUUUUAUCCCUGUUGCUUUUUUAACAAAAUUCACUCGCGUUGCCUGGAAACGACAAGGAAGAGGGUAUUGAAACCCAGAACAAUUUGUUGAAAUGGGCUACUUCUUGAAUUUCAAGUAGAAACUUGAAUUCCCUGCCCAAAUUCCUGCUACCCGAUGGAGAUUUCAGGAUGCAAUAAAAUGUUAACUCAAAGCA